ACUAUAUAAACAGGGGUGAUGAGUCUGUGUUGUCGGCAUUCGUUUGCGGAAGAAGUUUCCAAACCGGAUCCAUAUUGUAAAAACAUGAGAUUUCUCCGAUAAGUUUUUGGCCCAUUUCAGAAUCAUGUUCAAGGCUCAGGCGAAGUCCUAUGGGCAAACAGGCACCAAGAUCCUCCUGGAAGCGAUGUCCAACGACAAAGUCCACCUGGCCAAGUUCGUUCUGGACGCGCUGGAUGGGGAAAUCGUGGACUCGAAAACAGAGGGCGCACAUACCCCCCUCAUCUCUUCUAUCCUACUGCCUGAUGGUCAGACUCGGUCGCUGGGGAAGCUGAUAGCAAUGGAACGACUCGGGUUCAGUACCACGGAGAGCGCUCGACUUCUGCUGCUCUGUGUGUUUGGUGUGCUAGCGCUGUCCGUGGUGCUGGCGGAGCAGGAAGGGGAAAACCUGUCCGGCCUCUCCAACAACCCAGACAAAGCCAUCUUCGCGGUCCGAGAGAACGGCACAACAUGCCUGAUGGUGGAGUUCGCCGUGAAAUUCCUCGUGCCAUAUGACGUGCUCGCGCUCAACGGCAUAGACCUAAUCACCGAGCAGGCGUCGUUCACUCUGCCCCGUAGUGCGGAAAUCGAGGGGAAAUGUGGGAGCACGGAGUCAGAGAUCCACAUAACCUGGAAGAACAACGCCUACAUUCUCCGCAUCUACUUCUCUAAGGAGUCCCGUGACAAGGACAUUGAGGUGUGGAAGGUUAGCAAGGUCCAGUUCGUCUACGACACCUCGGAGACGUCGCAAUUCAUCAACGCAUACAACCCUGGGAAGCACACAGCCAGCACCCACCGCCUGUCGGCCCUGGUGACCCCCGCCGGGCGCUCCUUUGUGUGCACAGCACAGCAGACUCUCACCCUCAUCUCAAGCGACCACCAGAAGGGCAUCACAGUCUCCAUGUAUGACAUCCAGAUCCAGCCCUUUGACAUCGCCUCUGACUUCAUGUUCAGCGAACCCUACAAGUGUAUCACCGACCAGCGGGAGCGCCUGGAGGAGACCCUCCCCCUCAUCCUGGGCUUCAUUUUGGCCCUCAUCAUCGUCAUCACGCUCACGGUAUACCACUUCCACCUGAAGCUGACGGCGAACCAGCCCCAGCUCCCCAGAGAUCGCUCCAUGUACAAGAACAUGUAGUCAGCUGCACAGCGGCAGCUCGCUUAGCUCUCUCUAAAGCUAACCUGAUAAAAAAUUGAAAAAAAAAGACUUGUCUCCUCGAUGUCCCAGGCCUAACACCACGGAGGAAAGUGCCAUGUAGUGGACUGAAUCCCUGACAGGGGAAAUGUGUGUAGGAAAUAUGUGGGACAGCUUGGGGCCUAGCAUGGAUGUAGUUGGAGGGUAAACCCACCAAAACCUGAUUUACCCGGCUGCUGAAUUGAAUCUUAAUGCCAUAAAUUCAUAGUCUGUGUUACAGUAAUUACAAUUUUAAUGAAAAUAAAAACUAAAAUGUAUGCUUUAAUGAAAAUAUAAUGGAUUAUUGUUCAGAUUGGUGGUUGAUUAUCUGAAAAAUCACCAACUUGAGG